AUGGACAGCCGCCCGUCCAGAGCACACGACCUCUGGCGGGCCAGCCAGCCCCACUCUGCGGGCGCCAAGAAGAAGAAGAAGAAGCAGACGUCGCGCACGCGGCAAGAGAAGAAACAAGGCAAGCGCGAGGCGGCGGCUCGAGAGGCUGCCGCUGCCGCGGCUGCCCGCGCGGCUGCUCUGGCGGCUGCUCAGGCCGCUCAGGCGGCCGCUCUCGGACGGUACAGAUUGGUCAACGCUUGGUUCUACCCCCGCGGCGACUGGUAUACCUUCUACUGGGAUGGCAGCUCGGCCGACAAGGUCGCAAGGCGCGCUACCUACCCGACGCUCGAGCACGACGACCACGACCCCGGCCCCCUCGCAGAGCGCAUCAGGCGCGACAAGCGCGAGCGGUCCGACCGCUCCUCCGACGACUCCUCCUCCGACCGCGACUCAUGCGGCACCGGCUCCACUAGCGAGGCGAAUGACAUAUUCGACACCCUCGAAGACCAUCUCGGCUACGGUUCCGACUCCGGCUCCGGCUGGUAG